AUGGGUAUAGAGAUGGACCCAGAAAAGGUGCGCACUGUCAAGGAGUGGCCAAUGCCAGAGUCAAUCCAUGACAUCCAACAGUUCCUGGGUUUUGCCAACUUCUAUCGAAGGUUCAUAGCCCACUUUGCUCGCAUAGCCAAGCCAUUGACAUCACUGGUAAAGCCUGAACGGUUCAAGAAGUUUGAGCUACCAGAGGAGGCCCAGCAGGCCUUCCACAAGCUCAUCCAGGCAUUCACAUCAGCAGGAGUGCUCCAGCACUUUGACUACCACCUUCCAACAAGGUUGGAAACUGAUGCAAGUGACUUUGCUAUAGCAGGAGUACUCAAGCAGGAGCAUGAAGGACAAUGGCACCCAGUGGCCUUCUACUCUAGGAAGAUGUCUUCUGCCAAGAAGAACUAUGAGAUCCAUGACAAGGAGCUCCUAGCUGUGUAUCGACCAGGAGACAAAGGUGGUGAACCCGAUGCUCUCACCAGAAGGACAGACAUGCAGCCAGCUGGUGAAGAGCAGGAUCACAAUGUGAGGCAACUACUGCCUCCUUGGGUGUUCAAGGAGACAGCAGACCAUGACUCGCUCCUAGUGGCCCCCAUGAUCUCGAUGGAGUCCAUAGCAUCAAAGGGUCUCAGAGACCUGGUCAAGAUCUUCUAG